AUGUCAUCGCAGCAAGUGGAUACUCUGGUAAUUGGUGCCGGACCUACUGGCCUUGGUGCGGCGAAGCGUCUCGACCAACUUAAGCUGGGCUCCUGGACCCUCGUGGAUGCCAACAGCGAGGCGGGUGGUCUGGCCUCGACCGAUGUGACCAAGGAAGGCUUCCUGUUCGACGUUGGUGGUCAUGUCAUCUUCUCGCACUACGCCUACUUUGACGAUGUGAUCGCGCAGGCGUUGCCUGAGAAGGAGGACUGGUACGAGCACCAGCGUAUCUCGUACGUCCGCAGCCGCAACGUGUGGGUGCCGUACCCGUACCAAAAUAACAUCUCGAUGCUGCCGACCGAGGACCAGGUCAAGGCCAUUGAGGGUAUGAUCGAUGCGGCGGAGGUGCGCAUUCGUGCGAAGGAGGCGCCGAAGACGUUCGAUGAGUGGAUUCUCCGCAUGAUGGGCGAGGGUAUUGCUGACCUGUUCAUGCGCCCGUACAACUUCAAGGUGUGGGCAGUGCCGACGACGAUGAUGCAGUGCAAGUGGCUCGGUGAGCGUGUGGCUGCGCCGAACCUGAAGCUGGUCGUUUCGAACACGCUGAACAAGAAGGUGGCUGGCAACUGGGGCCCUAACGCGACGUUCAAGUUCCCUGCGCGUGACGGUACCGGCGGUAUCUGGAAGGCGGUGGCCAAGACGCUGCCGCAGGACAAGCUGCAGUACAACAAGAAGGUGGUCAAGGUCGAUGCCGAGGGUCACAAGGCGUACCUGUCGGACGGCUCGACGAUCCAGUACAAGCACCUCGUGUCUACGAUGGGCCUCGACUUCCUUGUGAACACCAUGGAGGGCAUUGACUCGGAUCUGAAGCAGAAGUUGCAGAAGGCUGUGAGCGAGAAGCUGGUGUACUCCUCGACGCACGUUAUCGGUAUCGGUAUCCGUGGUGAGCUGCCCAACCGUAUUGGUGACAAGUGCUGGCUGUACUUCCCUGAAGACGACUGCCCCUUCUACCGUGCGACGAUCUUCUCGAACUACAGUCCGUACAACUGCCCGCAAAAGGACGCCAAGCUGCCUACGCUGCAGUACGCUGACCCGUCGCAUGGCGCGCCGUCGUCGGAGGCCAAGGAGGGCCCUUACUGGUCGCUGAUGAUGGAAGUCUCGGAGUCGCACCUGAAGCCGGUGGACAACGCCAAGGUGCUGGAAGACACGAUUCGUGGCUGCGUAGCUACGCAGCUGCUCAUGCCAGACAGCGAGAUUGUGAGCACGUACCACCGUAAGUUCACGCCUGGCUACCCCACCCCGAGUCUCGAGCGCGAUGCGGCCCUGCAAGAGAUCUUGCCGACGUUGCUGGACAAGUUCGACAUUCUCAGCCGCGGUCGUUUCGGCUCGUGGAAGUACGAGGUGGGCAACCAGGACCACUCGUUUAUGCUCGGUGUUGAGGCGGUGGAUCGGGCGCUGUUCGGUAGCCCCGAGAUGACGUUAGAGUCGCCUGACUUUGUCAAUGGCCGACGUAACACCGAGCGCCGUUUGUCGUAG